AUGUCGAACCCGUCGGGUGUCUCUAUUGCAGAUGAAUGCAUCGAUGCAUUCAACGAGCUCCGAUCAGGACCUAAAGCCACCAAACCCAAUUUCAUCAUCUACAAGAUCUCCGACGAUAACCAGCGUAUUAUAGUCGAGGAAUCUUCUACCGAGACUGACUACAAGGUCCUAUGCCAGAAACUGACCAGUGCAGUCGACAAAGAUGGGAACCUGGCCCCGCGGUAUGCCGUCUACGACAUGGAGUAUGACCUUGGCAGCGAAGGUAAACGAUCCAAGAUCGUCUUUAUUCAUUGGGGCCCUUGUCAUGCGCCUCUCAAGCUGUGCAUGCUGUAUGCUUGUAGUAUGGCGCCGUUGAAAAGGGCUAUCGCUGUGCAGGCCUCGGUUCAUGCAGACAGUCUGGAUGAACUUGAAUGGACGGUUGUCCUGAAGGAGGUUAGUGGGGGUAAAGCAUAG